GCUGUUGCAAGUCUCGUGAACGCGGCGGCACAGAGCACAGUGCGCCUUAGCAGCGGCGGCAGCACCGUCGGAGGCACCCUGGCCGUCACAGCCCCCGCGCUGGUGCAGCCACCAUCGCUCCGUCUGCUCUUGCUCCCUUCGCUCACACCAUGGCUGAUCACCUGACCGAAGAACAGAUUGCUGAAUUCAAAGAAGCUUUCUCCCUAUUCGAUAAAGAUGGCGAUGGCGCCAUCACAACAAAGGAACUUGGAACUGUCAUGAGGUCACUGGGUCAAAACCCAACAGAAGCUGAGUUGCAGGAUAUGAUCAACGAAGUGGAUGCUAAUGGUAAUGGCACCAUUGACUUCCCCGAAUUUUUGACUAUGAUGGCUAGAAAAAUGAAAGAUACAGAUAGUGAAGAAGAAAUCCAUGAGUCAUUCCGAGUCUUUGACAAGGAUGGCAAUGAUUACAUUAGUGCAGCAGAACUACGUCACGUCAUGACAAACUUAGGAGAAAAACUAACAGAUGAAGAAGUAGAUGAAAUGAUCAGAGAAGCAGAUGUUGAUGGAGAUGGACAAGUCAACUAUGAAGAAUUAGUACAGAUGAUGACUGCAAAAUGAAGACCUACUUUCAACUCCUUUUUCCCCCCUCUAGAAGAAUCAAAUUGAAUCUUUUACUUACCUCUUGCAAAAAAAAAGAAAAAAGAAAAGAGUUCAUUUAUUCAUUCUGUUUCUAUAUAGUAAAACCGAAUGUCAAAAGUACCUUCUGUCCACACACACAGAAUCUGCAUGUAUUGGUUGGUGGUCCUGUCCCCUAAAGAUCAAGCUACACAUCAGUUUUACAAUAUCAAUACUUGUACUACCUUAAUGAUAAGGACUCCUUAAAGUUCCAUUUGCUAAUGGUUAAUACACUGUUUGGGCUGGCCAGUUUUUCAUGCAUGCAGCUUGAUGAUUGAGCACAGUCAGGCAUUUGUAUUAAAAAUGAAAAAUGAAAAAACAAAUUCAAAACCUA